CCACGUUUAAGAUUCGUAACAUCUUAAAAAUAGUGUAAAUAUAACCUAGGAGUUCGGGGGAGUGAGGCUUCACUGGCUGCGUGCUCUCCAGUCGCUUCGGGUUCCGCUUUCAAGACGGUGUACUGGUGCCCACGUCGAUAAGCUUUUGUAGUCAUGGAUUCCCUAGAAGAAGAACAACUUGAAGCUCUCCGCAAGGCCUUCAACUCCUUCGACACGGAGGGCCAGGGAUCCAUCACGGGAGAGACCGUGGGCAUUAUCUUGAGGAUGAUGGGCAUCAAAAUCUCGGAGAAGAAUCUGCAGGAGGUCAUCGCCGAGACAGACGAGGAUGGCUCUGGCCUUCUUGAGUUCGAGGAAUUCGCUGAGCUCGCCGCCAAGUUCCUGAUGGAGGAGGACGAGGAGGCGCUGAAGAAGGAGCUCAAGGAAGCCUUCCGGUUUUACGACAAGGAGUGCAACGGCUACAUCGACAACUCGAAACUCCGAGAAAUUCUACAAGAGUUGGACCCGAGGUUAACGGAGGACGAUCUCGACGCCAUCAUCGAGGAGGUCGACUCAGACGGGUCGGGAACGCUCGACUUCGACGAGUUCAUGGAGAUGAUGACUGGAUAAAGCCUUCGUGGAGCUGAGACUUCGUCGUCUUUGUAAUACAUUCUUGUUCUGUCUGUAUUCUCCAAGCUUGCGUCCUCUCUCUCUCUUUCUUUUUCUCUCUCUCUCUCUUUCUUUCUCUCCCUCUCCAGCUCUCGGUCUAACUAUCUAUCUAUCUGUCUAUCUGAUUUUCUGUCUGUCGUGUCAUCUUUCACUGACGUUAAUCUCUUUUCUUUCACUGUGAUCUUUUUUAUUUUGUUUGUGAUUUUUAUUUUUCAUUUCUGUUGUAAUGAAGAUUAUCAUUUAAUAUUUAGUCUCUUGCUUUCUUCAGUUUAGUUUUUCUUUGUUUUUUUGUCUUUGUUUUUGUUUUUGUUUUUGUUUUAUACUGGUAUAUGAUAGCGCUUUAUUGCGAUUAAUAUCUUUAGAUUUUCUAGUUUAUGUUAUUAAUAUUAUGGAUAUAGUUCUCAAGUUCUCACUUUAUUAGUGUGAGUGCUUUUUCUGUAUUGUGCACGUUUUGUUUUUCUCUUUCUUUUUCUGUUUUCCUUUUUUUCUAUUUUCGAUUUUUUUUCUCUUAUGAUUUAUAUUCAACAUCAGGUUACAUGUGGGGAAAAAUCUAACAAAGCUGUUUAUUAAUUACACCACCAUCCUUCAUUCAGUCUAGGUAACACAACACUAGCUACAUCCUAUAUGUCUCAUCCUUGUAUUUCGAAUCCUAACCAAUAUGCGUCUUAACCAUUCCAUAAAAAGAAGAUGUAUAAUACCUUCCCUCUUCUUUAUUCCCUUUCUUUUGAGUAGAUCUUUCUUUGAUGAGCCAAGAUCCUGAACCGCCCUUCGCAACCUAUCGUGGAAAUAACUCUAGGGAUCGACAACCCACGUUUCACUUAAGAUAGAGAGAGUGGUAGAUAGUUAUAGCAGUUGUUCUUUGUGGGUGCUACUUGUGUAAAUGUUAUUCUCUCUCUUCUUGUUGUUUUUUUGGGGGGAUCCCGACGUUUCUCUUUCCUAUCCCAUGCUCUCUUUUCACAUACCGUAGCCUGAUGAGUUAUGAAAUAUUGUUGUGGUCAUUUAUACUUUAUUUAUCAGGAUUAUAAUCGUCAUCAUUAUUGUUAUCUUUAUUAUUUGUAUUAUCUUCUUAUUCAUCAUUACCUUUAUUUGGUCAUUUUCUCGCGAUGUGCCUCUGAAAUAACAAUGAAAAUAUUUAUCUGAAAAUAAAAAUGUACUUUACGUAUA